AAACCACACUUCCACAAAAAAUCAAUAAAUCAAACAUUCAACAACUCAAAAGGCAAAAUGGCCAUAUCUCUACUACAUAGCCUAUAUUAUCUCACCACCUUCACCAACAACUUGCUAGGGUUGGCCUCAAUCCUAGUAGCAUCCAUGAUCUACCUCACACGAAGGAAAAACACGACGGUGCGCCUCCUCGACUACGCGUGCUACAAGCCCCCGCCCUCCUACCGCGCCCCCACGUCCAUGUUCGUGGAGCACCUAGAGCACGAGCACGAGCUCGACCAACAAAGCGUUGACUUUCAGGUCAAGAUCCUCGAGAAGUCCGGGUUCGGGGAGGAGACUAGCGUCCCCCCGGCCCUCGCCCGCCUCCCCAUCGACAAGUCCAUCCCCUUCUCCAUCGACGAGACCCAGACGGUCGUCUUCACCGCGGUCGAAACCCUACUCCACAAAUCGAACACAAACCCUAGAAACAUCGACAUCCUCAUCACAAACUCGAGCAUGUUUUGCCCCACACCCUCACUCAGUGCCCUAAUCGUCAACAAAUUCAAGAUGAGGAGCAACAUCAUGAGCUUCAACCUCUCAGGAAUGGGAUGCAGUGCAGGAAUUGUAUCACUAGGUCUAGCCAAAGACCUACUCAAAGUCCACCGGAAUUCCCUAGCCCUAAUUGUCAGCAGUGAGGCCAUGAACCUCAACUGGUACACCGGCAAAAACCGGUCGAUGCUGCUCACCAACUGCCUCUUCCGGCUAGGCGGCGCCGCCAUACUCAUGUCUAGCAGGGACCAAGACAAGGAAAGAGCCAAAUACUCAUUACAACACUUGGAGAGAACUCACAAAGGGCAAGACAACAAAUCAUAUUCUUGCAUCAUUCAAGAAGUCGAUCAAGACAACAAAGUCGGCGUCUCCAUCUCCAAGAACACGGUCAGCGUGGCCGGAGAAGCUCUGAGGGCGAACAUGGCGGUGUUGGGACCUAGGGUUUUGCCACUAAAGGAGCAACUAACCUACGCCCUUUUCUUGAUGAUGAAGAAAACUUACAUACCUAAGUUUAGGAACGCAUUUGAGCAUUUCUGCAUUCACCCCGGCGGGAGGGCUGUGAUAUCGGCGAUCCAGAAGAGCCUCGGCAUGGAGGAAGGCGACGUGGAAGCUUCUAGAAUGACGCUGCACAGAUUUGGGAACACUUCGUCGUCGUCGAUAUGGUAUGAGCUGAGCUACAUUGAGGCGAAGGGGAAGAUGAGGAAAGGUGAUAGAGUGUGGCAGCUUGCAGUUGGGAGUGGAUUCAAGUGCAACAGCGCGGUGUGGAAGUGUCUCUGCGACGUUCAACGCGGCGACGAGACUAAUGUGUGGAGUGAUAGGAUUCAUUCGUAUCCAGUGGAAAUAGCUGAAACCAUCAACAUACUUUGAUCGAUGCAGAUAUUCAUGCAUGAUGAUGAUGUGGACAAAAACAUUAUACUAAAUGAAAAUAUGGGAGUUUU